CACAUCGUAUCUCUUACUCACCCCAGCAAUUGUCGUGUCACUGUCGCCAGAGAUGUCACCGGCGCCCAGGUGUCUCCAUGAUUCAUGACGGCCGCUGCAGACAUGACUUCUCCAGUUCUAUCGCCCGACGCGGAAGCCUCCUUCCUGACACCGUCGAAGGGCACCGACGAUCGCUCCAUCCACAGCGAGCAAGACACUGAUAGCGAGGAUGACUCUGUGCUGGGCGCUGCGCGGACCAGCGCUGACAUCCGCGAGCACGAUAGAAUGGUCCUGCUCGAGGAGGAUGAACGCGACCAGAUGUUGACCGAGAACCGCCUGGGUCGCAGACGCUCUGGUCUAGCCCUUCCCAAUCUCUUCAAGAAGAUGAUGCGAAAGACAUAUGGGAAGGCGUCCGCCGAACCAGGCCCAAGCUCCGAGAGCCUAUCGAAUAAUGCCGGCAGCGAAGAAAAGGAGAGACGGCGGCAGAGGAGGGCGCGGAGGCAAGACAAGAAAGACAGGUUGACGGAGGCUGCAGCCCAUGGCGAGGAUAGGGGAUUGAUGUAUGAGAUGGAAGAAGGCUUUUUGAAAGAAGGGUCCGCCACUGGGGAAAGCAGCAAUACCGAAGACCUGUCCGAUGUCGACAAAAAUGAACUGCACGGUGCGAGCGACAAAUCAAAGCAGCGGCGCAAGUGGGGAGGAUUGUGUUAUAUUAGUGUUCUCAUACUGCUCGCGUUUGUUUUAUUGUCCCUCGGCGCUUGGAAAUUGUCGAUGGGAAGGAGGAAGAUACCCGUUCAGGCCAUGUUUAAUAAUGGAACUGCGCUGUUUGCGCCCACGACAAUUCUCAUCAGCCUUGAUGGGUUCCGCGCUGAUUUUCUACAGAGAGGGAUUACGCCGAGGCUGAACUCCUUUGUUGCCGAAGGCAUAUCCCCGGUAUAUAUGCUACCAAGUUUUCCUUCGGUUACCUUUCCUAAUCAUUAUACGCUUGCCACUGGCCUGUAUCCUGAAAGUCAUGGUAUCGUCGGUAACACAUUUUGGGACCCAGAAUUGAAGAGGGAGUUCUAUUAUACGGAUCCGUCUCGGAGCAUGCAACCAGAGUGGUGGGGUGGAGAGCCAAUUUGGGUGACGGCAGAGAGGCAAGGGAUCCGAACGGCGAUACACAUGUGGCCAGGGAGUGAGGCUCAUAUUAUGGGUUUAGAGCCGAGUUUCUUGGAUACGUUCAAGAGUAAGGAGCCACUUCUCGACAAGGUUGACAGAGUACUCGAGCUUCUUGAUAAACCGGGACAAGAAGAUGAGAGUGCUCUCAUUGCCGAUAUGCGCCCACAGUUGAUCGCGGCAUACGUCCCCAAUGUCGACUCUGCCGGCCACAAAUACGGCCCCAAUAGCACCGAGAUGAGAGCCACUAUUAGCAGUGUGGAUAAUAUGAUCGAUCAGCUGUUUAUUGGUCUUGAAGAAAGGAACCUCACUGAAGUUGUCAACGUCGUGAUUGUUUCUGAUCAUGGGAUGGCAACGACAUCCACGGACAGGCUGAUCCAAUUGGACGACCUCAUCGACCUCAACCUCAUCGAGCAUACGGAUGGGUGGCCAUUAUACGGCCUCAGGCCAAAGUCGGCGGAUGAUUUGAUGCCUCUGUACGAUACACUGACAGUCGCAGCAAAAGCACACGGAAACUUCGAGGUGUAUCUGCGCAAUACAAACAUGCCAGAGCGGUAUCAUUUCUCGAAGAAUGAACGCAUUGCGCCACUCUGGAUUGUACCAAACACGGGGUGGGCAAUUGUAACCAAAGAAGACUUCAACGUUGCAACGGCCAAGGCGGAAGGUAAAGAAUACCAUCCGAAAGGACUGCACGGCUACGACCAUGGGAACCCGUUGAUGAGAGCGAUAUUCAUCGCCAGGGGACCAGCUUUCCCGCAUUCCCCAAACAGUAGAGUUGAGGUGUUUCAAAAUACCGAGGUGUAUAAUAUCGUUUGCGACACCCUCAACCUCAUCCCACAGCCAAACAAUGGAACGCUGCGGUUACCGUUGAAGCCAGUCGGUGCUCACAGCCCCGAAACAACGCCUGAGGAGCCUUUAGAUCCUCUGCCAUCAGACGGGCCUUCCACAAGUAAGCCAACAAGCACUGUGGAUCCCAGCAUCGAUCGGCCUGUCAUCAGUGAUGUUCCAGGUGUCAACAGGCCUGUCAUGAGCCAGGGUACACCAGAGACUCCUACAGCUUCAAAUGUUCACGGUGCUCCCGAAACUACAGGCGAGGCCGGAGCUGGCGAUGGUAUCUGGGACAUGCUUGAUGGCGAUUAUAUUGCAAGCAAGUUGGAAGAGUUCGGAAAUUGGUUAGGCGGGCUCUUCGGGGGUAAUGGAGGAGCUGAGCGAAAGGAAGGGGAAGAAUGAGAUUUGAUGGCGGCCUAGGCACAUUUAUGUGACUUUCGGCAUAGUGUAUAGCGAUCUAUCACCAAGAGGG